GUAACCAUAUUUUCUUCAGUCUGGAAAUAGUUUUGAAAAUUAGUUUUCUUAUGUGACACUUUUAUCAUAAGUGAUAUUAAACGUGCCUCAGUAAGGAAUUAUUAGUACAAAUGGAAAAGUCAUCUCCAGAUAAGUCACUUCGAAAAGUGACCAAGAUGGGCUUCCUUGGCGGUGGAAAUAUGGCUUAUGCUAUCGUCAUUGGCCUUAUUAAACACGGAAAAGUUGAACCAUCCAGCAUAAUUGUUAGCACUCGAACUAAUUCGAGUGGAGAAAAAUUCGCCCAACUGGGAUGUUCGACAACAACCAAAAACGCUGAUUUAGUGAAAGAAGUAAAAGGCUCAGGAUCUGAUGGUGCCAUAUUCCUGUGUGUCAAACCAGCACAAUUCAUUGAAAGCAGAUCAAAUUUUCGUGCGUUACUUAGUUGUUUUGAUGGACACAUUGUUUCUGUCAUGGCAGGAAUAACUUUAGAAGCUCUCGAGGAUGUUCUGGGUAAAGGUUUGAAUAUUGUUCGAACCAUUCCAAAUACCGCUGUUCAGGUCGGUGCUGGUGUAUGGGCUUGUACAGUGAGAAACAAUUAUUCUGGUUUCGAGAAGCUUCAAAAUCUUUUAUCAACCAUAUCUUUCUUCCCUGUGGUAGAAGAGAGGUUAAUUGAUAUAAUCUCGGGGCUCAGCGGAAGUGGAAUUGCAUUUGUUUAUACGGCUAUACAAGCAUUAAGUGAUGGUGCAGUUAAAAUGGGAUUAGACCGAACUCUGGCAACUCAAAUUGCUGCUGCUACUGUCAUAGGAGCUGGCAAAACUGUAAAAGAGACGGAGACACAUCCAUAUGUUUUGCGUGAUAAAGUAUGUUCACCCGGAGGAACGACUAUUUAUGGAAUACACGCAUUGGAUAAAGCUGGCUUUAAUGGCAUAAUAGUUGAUGCAGUAGAAGCUUCUACUCUUCGAUGUAAAGUAAUCGCUCAAGGAAAACAAGAAAAGAAAUGAAUAUCUAGAAGAGAUUUAAAUACGUAACCAAUUGCCAAUACACCUUGUGAGAUUCGCGCAUUUAAUACUAUUUGUUUAAACAUAUUUUAUAAUUGUCCAGUCAAAUGUAAACUGAAGAUGUUAUUUGGGACCAUACAUGGAAUACCUUAAAGUUGAAGUAGUCAUGAUAUACAUAAUAUGUAUGUAACAGAUUUAGUAAAAUCAUUUUGUAUGGUAUGUCGAAGUGCCAAGAUAUUAAAACAUAAUCACUGCACAACA